GGCAGGUAUUGCGAUCUCUGAAUGACAGGGCUUUCUAUCAAAGGCGAGCUGAUCCCCAGUCGUUUUUCUCGGGGUGCAAAAAUGUUCUUGCGGAAAGAGCUGUCUGCACUGAGGCUGUCGUAAGGAUACGGUAGAAUUCCAAAGCAGGGAAUUUGGGGCUUUCUCCAGAAUAAUAAUAUUUAAAAAACAGACGGUGUAAGAGAUAAUUAAAACACAGCAAUAAAGACAACUGUCACGAACUGCCGAUGUUCGUGGACGCGCGUACGCCACGAGCAAAACUGUAAAGUUUUAGGGCAUCUACAGCAUUCUUCCCUUUCGACGAAGUAACAUCUUAGACGGAACUUCUACUGCUGCCGACUUUAAAGCCUACAGGAAGUAGAAAGUAUGGAUUGCUCAGUGGAUUAAUACCUGGUGUGGAUUUUACGGAUUUCUCCUAUUUUUUUCUUUUUUUCUUUCCUUCUUUCAUUUUUAUUGCUACAAGUUCACCCAGCCUUUUCUUGGAUUACCAAGAACUCUUUUGCCAUUUCAUUGUCAUUGCUGGGAAAGACCAUGUACCAAUCGAGUAGUAAGAAAUGUUUCACUAUUGAGUCCCUGGUUGGUAAAGAAAGUAACUCUCCGGCUGGGGACGAACCUGUGAGACCUACGGCUUUAAGGUUCACCGAAUCCGUCCACCCGCCUCCCUUUGGGAGUUGCUUUCAAAGUACCGACAGGACCUUAUUCAACAGCCAGGAUCUGAUGUUCCCGGAGCCGGGAGCUCACGCUGGCAACCCAGGACUCUCCCUUCAUCCUCUGCAGCUACCCGGGCAGCCUUAUUUUAACCCGCACCAAAGAGAGACUUUGAAUUUCUAUCCAUGGGUCCUUCGAAACAGAUACUUGGGACACAGGUUUCAAGGUGAAGAUAGUAGUCCAGAAAGCCUCCUCCUGCAUGGUCCAUUUUCUCGCAAGCCAAAGCGAAUUCGCACUGCUUUCUCGCCUUCUCAACUUCUGAGGCUGGAGCGCGCCUUCGAGAAAAAUCACUAUGUAGUGGGAGCGGAGAGAAAACAGCUGGCCAACGGCUUGUGUCUCACAGAAACUCAGGUAAAGGUAUGGUUCCAGAAUAGACGGACAAAACACAAGAGGCAAAAGCUGGAAGAGGAAUCCCCUGAAUCCCAACAGAAAAGGAAAGGCAAUCAACAUGUGAAUCGUUGGAGGGUGGCCACUCGCCAGGGAAGCCCUGAAGAUAUUGAUAUCAUCUCGGAAGACUGAUUGGCCGAGAAGCAGAAAACACCAGGACAGCUCCAACUUGUACAAACCGUAAUCGCGUAGGAAAGAUGAUCUGCUUGUGACAAUUAUAAACUGUUGACACUGCAAUAGUGACAAAUUAGAGAACGCGUAAGAGAAAUCCAAUACAAAUGGAGAUGAGGAGGGGUGUUGGGGAGGGGUGGUUGGGGGGGGGGAUUAAAAAGUGCUACAGAAACAGAGUGGUGCCAUUCCCAAACAGUUUAAGGCAUGUUUGUUUUUUUUUUUUUUCCUAUUAUUUCUCGAGUAAAUUUAGGGAGCCAUCACACAAGUGGUGACAUAGGGUUAUCAGUCUGUUCAUGUUUGAAUUAAUUUCCCUUGCCAUUAAUUGGGAUGAUCUAUGAUACUGUUGUAUAGCUAACAAGCAGAACAGAUCAGGCCAUAACUUGUCGGGAGGCACAUUUAGUGCAUCAUCGGGUUCUUUAAGAAUAAUAAACUGUAAAAGCACCAGACUCAUGAUUUCCAUCAAAGACCACUGUAAAAAAUGAAGCAUUCAUUUCAAGAAGGAUUUGUAUCUUCUGGUAACGUGAACACACAUUGUGUUCCUAAUUUUGACAAAUGCAGCAGCAUUUGUGAAAUAAUCCAUAGAUUACAAACACAUUAAAUUAAUUAUCUGCUUUGUAGCCGCCAUGAAACACAUACCCAGGCUCCAUUCUACUCCACCAACUCCUGUAGAUUAUUAUUUUAAUUUGUUAUGUGACACUGUUAAAAAUAAAUAAAUAAUAAAUUCAGAACCUGUCUGUUUCAGCGUGUGGUUGCUGGGAGCUAAAGCCAACCCCGACACCACCCGGCAAAAGACAGAAACCAACUCUGGGUGGAGCACCCUUGUAAAAAUACGAAACAUGAAAAUCAAUUCAAAUUGUCCUGUCUUAUAUAGCUUUUUGUGGCAAAUGGCUAAAGGAAAAAAUUAUGUAAAAUAACACAUAGGGAAAACAAUUAGGCCCGACGCUAUAUUUACGGCCUCGAUUAAUAACGCCUGGCAAAUGCAAACAGUAUGAAGCAAGUUGCUGCGUAUUCUCUAUCCCAGUUCUAAUACCAGGAUGGAAAGCUGUAAAAACGUCAAGGUUUUUUAAACUUUAUGUUAAUGUUGCUGUAAUAUCUUAAUCAUACACUUCUUUAAAGAUUUAUCACUUCAAUAUGUCUUCCUUAUUGGUAAACAAGUUUUAGUUGACCCCUUUGGUAAUUAACAGCAUCUGAUUUAUCGAGCAGCAGCAAAACAAGUGUAAUGAAUCAUGAUGUGAUCGCAUGGCAGCAAACACAUGAGGCCAACACCACGAAAGAGAAAGGGCAGCCUAGAGCAUGUAUUUGGAAAAAAAACAAAACUCGUGCGACCGAAGAACCCGUCUGUUAGCCCUACCCCACACCUCAUUCCGAAUCUGGAAUGCUGAUCUCAGUCAUGGGGAGCAGUCGCAAGGCUGGUUAAUUGUAGUGAAGGCAAAAGUGAACUUCUUGAAUUUUGUACAUUUUACCGCCAACACAUCACUGUCGUUUCAUGAUCAGGAGGCCAUAAUAUUUAAGUUUUCAUACGUUCUUUUAAUUCCUAUUAUUUUGAAUUUCUGGACCAGGAAUUUUAAUGAAAAUAAUUAAGUUUCACUGUUCAAAUCUAUAUUUAAUAUAUAAAGACGUAAUUUUAAUCCUGUCUAAUGACAUUCACACUCACUUUCACGUAAAUGUGAAUACACUCUUAAAAAUAAUAGUUCUGUAGUGGCACCUUGCUGGUUUGUGUGGUUCCUUGGAGAACAUUAGUUCGACAAAGAACCGUUUCAUUCAGAAAGGGGGCUCUUUGGGCUUUAAAACGGUUUAAAGCCAAACACUUUAUAGGCAGCCUAGCAGAGGCUAUUCUAACAGAACAAGAAAGGCCAAACUUAGCAGGCAUUAUUGAGUACAGCGAGAGACCUUUCAAAAAUCAGGAACCCACUGGCAUUUCACAAACCUGUUAUCAUCUAUCCACGCUUAUUUAUUGAGCCUGUUAUGGAUCUGAAUAAAUAAAACGUACUUCCCGCAACCUUCAUGUGGACGGUUCUUUAGGGAACCAAAAAUGGCUCUCCAGUGUCCAGGCACUGAAGAGCCACUGCGGCACCUUUCUUUUUAAGAGUGUAGUCUGUUUUGGUUUUUUUGAAUUGUGACAAUAUAUUAAAGGCCAUCUUGAGCAAAGCAAGCGGAGAAUUUGUCUGACUCUGUAAGUGGUUCACCUCUAAUAGCGUCUGAUCGCAGUAAGUGGUGAGCCAUUAAGCUGGUGCACUCUGUUCUGCAAAAGCCCCAUGGCUAGUCUGAAGCUCGCCGGCAAUGCAAUUACUUAACAGCGCAGGAAGAAUCGGCUGCCAGACAGCGACUGCAGACACUAAGGUCUCCCUCAAGUUUUUUUUUGGAAAAUAUUUUUCAAAUUGCACACUCUUUUAUCCAUUGUCAUAAUUAAACUAAGCACCAUAUGCCACCUAAUGCUUUACAUAAAAAACUGCAAGAUGUUUCCAGUUCCUGUGUCACGCAUAGUCCCCAGAAGCGUCCACCUACAGUAUUAUUUAAUUAAAUGGUAUCAGCAUUUGCAACAUCUUUCAAGAGGAAAGACAGAACUGUAAUUUUUAAUAUUUUUAAUUUAAUCAAUAAUUAAAAAAGAGUUAACAUCUUCUAUGAACCGUUUCACUGAAUGUGAAGUUUGGAAUUCUGUUUGGUUUAUGCAUUCGUCUGUAUCUGCUGAUUAUUUCAUCCAUGGAUAUAUAAUGCACACAAACUUAAAAGAAGCCGUUAGAGGAAUGAACGCCGAAGCCGGCCGGUA